AUGGUGCCCAUUCUCCGAUCGAUCGUCGCGUUAUUUCUCGUCUGCGCGCUGUGCCUCGCGGCCGCGCCCGGGGCCAGCGCCUUGGUCGAAUCGUCGCACCUUCCCCGUGCCAAGGUCCACAAGCGCGCGCUCGGCCCGCCCGAGACGGUCAAGAAGUGCGUGGACGUCGCCAGGCGCGCCAGGUACGAAAGAUUCAGCGCGCGCCUUCACGACGAGCCGCACCGCGACCCCGACGGCCCCACGCUGGCCGGCGGCACCCCCGAGUGCAUCUCCAACUACAUGGACGCGCAAUACUACGGCGCGGUGUCCAUCGGCACCCCUCCCCAGUCCUUCCUCGUCGUCUUCGACACCGGCAGCAGCAACCUGUGGAUCCCGAGCGCGAAGUGCUCGUUCCUCCAGAUCCCGUGCGACUUGCACCAAAAGUAUAGAUCCGGCGACUCGAGCACGUACAAAGCCCUGGGCGAUCCGUUCGCCAUCCAGUACGGCAGCGGGUCGCUCUCGGGGUUCCUCUCCCAGGACACCGUGACGUGGGCGGGCCUCGAGAUCAAGGACCAGGUGUUUGCGGAGGCCACCAAGGAACCCGGCAUCGCGUUUCUGUUUUCCAAGUUCGACGGCAUCCUCGGCAUGGGCUGGGACACCAUCUCCGUCAACGGAGUCAAACCCCCGUUCUACAACGCCGUGGACCAGGGCCUCGUCGUCGAGAACGUCUUCUCGUUCUGGCUCAACAGGGACGCGGAUGAAGGCGGCGACGGCGAGGGGGGCGAGAUUGUCCUCGGCGGCGUCGACCCCGCGCAUUUCGUCGGCGAGCACACGUGGCUCAACGUGACCCGCGAGGGGUACUGGCAGAUCGCGAUGGACGACGUGCUCCUCGGCGGGGUCUCCGUUGGGCAGUGCGGCAAGAAGGGAUGCGCCGCGAUCGUCGACACGGGAACCUCUCUGCUCGCGGGACCCACCAAGGUUGUCGAGGCGCUCAACAAGAGAAUCGGCGCCAAGAGCGUGCUCGGCGAGGAGUGCAGGGUCAUGAUCGACCAGUACGGCGACGAGCUCAUCCGCGAUCUCGCGGAGUUUUCCGCCACCGACAUAUGCACUUCCGUCGGGCUCUGCGGACCCUCGUCGGAGACGAAGACGAGCACGAGCAGGCGGCGAGGAGAGCGCCGGCGAGCGAGGCUGGGCUCGAGUUGGCUCGAGUGGGCUCGAGGUUGGGCUCGAGUCGGCCGUGAUGCCGUCGUCCUCGGUUCCGACGCGGCGCCGAUCGACGCCGACGGGCUCGAGGGCGCCGCGGUGUGCCAGGCGUGCGUGUACGCCGUCGAUUACGCCAAAUCCCUGCUGACGCAGAACGCCACCGAGUCCAUCAUCCUCGACGAGUUCAAGUCUGUGUGCGACCUCAUCCCCAGCUCGGGCGGCGAGGCGGCGGUGGACUGCGACGCAGUGUCGAAGAUGCCCGACGUCGAGUUCGUGCUGGGCGGCCGGCCGUUCAAGCUCACUCCCGACCAGUACGUGCUCAAGGUGGACGCCGGCCAGGGCGGCCCGGCGCAGUGCAUCAGCGGGUUCAUGGGCCUGGACAUUCCGCCGCCCGCGGGUCCCCUCUGGAUCCUCGGCGACGUGUUCAUCGGGCCGUACCACUCGGUGUUUGACUACGACAACGCGCGCGUGGGUCUGGCGGACGCCGCCUAGGCGGGCGCGGGCGACGUGCGAUGACGACGAUCGAUUUGUAACGAUGAUGUAUGUAGAUACGACCUG